UUUAGAUUAUUAGGCUAGAUCUUUGUGCUAAUAUUUUUUAUGUAAUUUUAUACACAUUUUUAAGUUCUUUAAAUGCACGCCGAAUAAAUUUUUGGUCAGCCUAGUUCUAAAUUGAUAAAGAAUAGUAACAUUAUAAUAUUAAAUUUAAUAAUAAAUUUAACCUUUAGUAAUUAUCCCGGUCUAUCUGACCCCCAACAAAUUUUUAAAUCAACAGUACUAAAUUAAAAAAAAAAUUAAAAAUAAAAGUAACUAAAAAUUGAAAGAGUUAUGAAUUCUUGAGUACAAAUGUUUAAAAAAUUUUUUUUUCAAGAUUUUUUUUUAAGAUCCCAUGUUAUUAUUAUUAAAUUUUUCGGAGAUGUGAUUACUAAAGAUUACUAAUGAUGAUGUUAACGAGCGAUUAUUACAGCAAUAAUGUUAAUAAGAUUUUUUUUUCAAAUAUUUUAAAGAAAUUAUUACAAAGUAUAAUAUUUCAAUUAGAAAACCUGAAUGUUCCGUUUUUUUUACAAAUGAUAUUUAUGCUUCAAUGAUAGAAUUGACUAAACCAUCCACCAUGGAAGGACAGAAAAUCUAGAUUCUUUAACUAAUGUGUUAUUUUUUGUAAUAAAUUCUUUACAGUAUUUGAGGGAAGGAUAAGUUCUUUACAUCAUAUAACAGUUUCUUAUUAAUUAGUAUUAUUAUUAUUAAACUGAUUGCUAAUUUAAUAUUGUAAUAUUACUAUAUCAUCAUAUUAAGAUUUCUUCCAUAUUUCUUGUACAAUUUAGAAAUUUAUUUCUAAGCUAAAAAUAAGAAUAUUAUUUAAUUAAUUGUGUUUCUGUAUAUUAAUCUAUAUUUUUUAUUAUUUAAUACUUAUAUUAUUUAUAAUUUAUUAUACAAAUAAAUUAUUAACCUAUUCAAUACAGUUCGCAAUUAUACAUUGACAGCUAUCGAUUAAAGUCGACAAUUGUAUGAAGAAGUUAAUUAUGAUUAUAAAUACUUAUUAUUUUUUCGUUUUCUCUCUGGAAUAGCUAAAUGGAUGAUGAUUUUGCCUCAUGAAGAUACAAACAACAUUUUUAAACAAGAAAAAAACGGUUUGCAUUGUCACAAUUGUUAUCCUGAUUGUGAGGAUUUUAAUUACGAAGUAUCUACUUGGAGGAGUUACAUGUCUCCCGGUGCAUUCAAUACUAACUUAUUAUGGAAUUACAAUAUUACUAAUGAAGGAGUGCUGCAUGUAUACUUCUCAAAAUAUGGCACAAUUAUAUUGAAACAAGAUGUGGCUAUUUACUGGUACGAAGUUAUGAGCGAAAUUGGCGGUAUAUGUGGCGUUUUCAUCGGCUUCAGUUUCAUCAGUGUAGUGGAGCUUGUGUACUUUUUUAUAUUUCCCAAUUUACUCCCUAAAAAAUCAUUCUUGCAAGAAGACGACAAUCACAAGAAUAAAAUUCUACCGAUCCGAAAUGAAACUAUAUGGAUGUUACAUUGGAACGAACUGAUACCGCAAUCUUGGUAUUCGGCAAAAUAUGGCCAUUUUCCAAACAAAGUUAGACAUUAAUUAGCAAAUACAUGAAAAAACUGUUGAGAAAGAUUUCAGAUGAGAAUGAUUUCAUUUUUUACUUUUUUCUCAUAAAUAUUAAAAUAUUUAAAAUAAUUAAAAAGUGUUUGAUAUGUUUUGAGUAAAAGGUUGUUUUAAAGAGACAAAACCUUAAGCAAAAGUAAUUUAAAAAAAUUAUUAUUAUUUAUUAGAUAGCGUAUUAAUAGAUUAAUUAAAAAAAAUUUGUUAAAAUUAUUUAAAGACAAAAUUGAUAACGAAAAGUUUGCUGGUUGAAUUUGAUUUUUUAUAUUUGAUUUUUCUAUUAAAAGACAAUUUAAUAAUUUUUAAACAGAUUAAUAUAUUUUAAUUUUUAUAAAAUUAUAUUUUAUUUUAAUUUAAUAAUAGAAAAGCUAACUAUUUUGUUAUUGUAAAAGAUUAUUACGCAAAGCAACAAACAUAUUUUAUGUAUAUUAGAUAUUAGUGCAAAUUAAUGACUGUUUUGUAAUGUUUUAAGCUAUUUAUAAAAUUAGAUUAAUUUUAUAUAUCUUAUAUCGCAUAGUAAAAAGUACUAUAGUACAACUUAUACAAAAUUUUGGUUGUAUUUUUGCAUAAUUAAAGAAUACGUACAAUUUAAUGAAUAUCUAUUAAAAGGAUCUUAAGCUUGAUACAAAAAAAUGUAUAGCUAUGUUUUAUGUAAAAUAUGUAGCAUUAUCAGCAUAUUAAAUUUUAAUAUUUCUUUGUAAAA